AUGAUGGGGCUGAUGAGCUCGCAGGAUGCGGACCUCUUUUCAGAUGACGAGGUUCCCAGUCGCCGCCCUGUCCUCGCGUCUCCGUCUGUGCAGGCACUCCCGACCCCGGCCAAGGAAGAUCCAGAUCCGGAUGACUAUCCCCGCGUGGUGCGGCCGUCGCUGGUGCAACUGUCUGCUGAGGUCUCGCCCAGUUUGCCCUUGACCACGAAGGAGAGUGAUACAGAUGCUAGGAGGCUUCCAAGCGCUACACAGACGGCACACAUUGAGGGGCCAUGUCCAAACCUUUGGUGUGGAAGACGCCUCAAUAAGUCGGUGGUGCUGCUACCCAACACCUGGAUCACUCUGGGGAAGGAGGGGUGCCAUGUGAAGCUGCCUUCGCGGAUGGUCUCCACGAAGCAUUGCCAGCUGAGAUGGGUCAGCGCAGCGAGGCAGGUGGAAUUUGUGGACACCAGCACAAAUGGAACCUGGGUCAGUGGGGAGAAGGUCUACCGGAAUCGCAAAGAACCGAAGCUCUUGGAGCACGGCGCGCGGGUGGUCAUCGAGAACGAUCCACCGGAGAAUCGCUUCAACUUCGUGCUGGACCUCCGGCCCACCGGUUUGGCCUUCGCCGACCCUCGACAGCUCCCCAGAGGUGUUGACAGACCCAAACAAGAGUUGGAGCGAGAAAAGUGGAAGAAGCACCUCUUCUCGCUGCGGAUGCGUCAAGACAAGCAGGAGUCGGAUAUCCUUGAGAAGGAGAAGUUUUACCAUGAGCUCCAGGUGCAGCGCCGUGAGCUGGAAGCAAAGACUCAGCUCUGGCAGGGAGAGAUUGAAAGACUGAAGGAGGACACCGAGAUGGUGUUGAAAAAGAUGUUCGAGAAACGCGAUGCUUGGAAGGCCAAACUCCAGGAGCUUUACAAAGCGAACGAGGAAGUGACGGUUCCAUUGACGCAGCGCACCAUAGAGAAGCAGGACCAGGUACAUCAGCUCGAAGGGAAGAGCCUUGGCGAGAAAGCGGAGUUACAGGCAGAAAUCAAGCGUUUGGAUGAGGAGUGCGAGCGCAAGCGAGCAGAACUGGAAGACCACGCCUCACGCUACGCCGAGUUGAACCACGUGCUCCCAGCCGGUGACGAGGUGUUGACACUUGAUGUGGCAGGUGAGACCUUUCGUGCGUAUCGCUCGACCCUGCAGCAGGUCGAAGGCUCGGUCCUGUGCACCUUGGCCUCGGGCAGAUGGCAAGGCUCCUCGCCAUCGGAGGGCACCAUCUUUUUGGAUUGCAAUCCUCAUUCCUUCAAGGAGAUCUUGGAGUUUCUGCGGGAGCGGCGCCUCGACCGGGCCGCGCUUCCCAGCUUUAGCCCCAAGGCAGCGCGCCUGGCUGACUACUUGGGUAUCCCAGUCGCGCGGGUGGUGGAAGACAUCUACCUGAUCGCAGAGUUUCAACGCGCAGGCGAUAACAAAGUCGCACCGGGCUUCAUGUUUGAUGUGAUGAUCAGCGGACCUUUUGAGUGCCUGAUCCACACCAUCAGCUUCUCCAUGGGCCGGGGCGGUAAGGCCAGCCUCUUUGUCCGCUCGGGCAGCUGCUUGGAGGCGCAGACCGAUCGUGAGGGAUGGAAGGAGCUCUGCAGCUUACAGGUGGUCAUGGGCCGCAAUCGGAUGGACCUGCCCCGCGGCGAGGCGAAGACGAUCGGUCCCAACGGAGUGCUGGGCGUCUACCUUUGCUUCUCUGAAGGUGCGGAUGACCUCCUCUACUCCGACAAGCCCUCGCAAGCGAGCCACAAGGUGCUGUCGGAGCAUCGGACCUUGAGCGAUGGGAUGAAGUUAGUCUCGCUGAAGGGACGCGUGGCAGGGACCAAUUCCUUCUCCUUCGGAGCGCACCGGGAUGAUCGAUUCUUCGUGGGGAGCAUCGAGUACUCCCUGGAGUAA